AUGUGGACCAUUUCGAACAUUCGUGGACAAAAAGUAACCAAGAUCUGUUUGGCAGUGUUGGCUGUUUCCUUCUUAAUUCGUAUCCUCGCCUCUAUGUUACGUAAAUAUGUGUUAACCGCUGGCGCAAUGUUCCUAUGGGAUGUGCAUGUUAGAGCGAAUGAAGUUUAUGUCAAUUCGUGCCCGAUACUUAGUGCGGAUGCUGUCUUGAAGCAUGGAUAUAAAUCAAUUAGUUUAGCUAAGUUUUGCUUUGGCGUCUAUGCCGUUUCUUUGUGUGCCAAGAUAGGAGCUGUGCUGUGUGCAGGCGUAGUCGGAGUUAAAGUUUUGGAUUAUCUUAUCGAUACCAACAACAUAAUUCCUGAAGAUAUAUAUCCUCUGUCUCGAUUAGAUGAAUCUUUGCUCUGUAGCGUUCUUAAUUACUUUACUGUUUAUAUAUUUCUUCAACACCUUGGUGAAACAGAUCAGUAG